GCUUCGAGCAGAGGGGCUUUUGUUGCAUCCAGAGGGAGAGAGCGAGCAAAGGCUUGAAUCAAAUCUAUGGGAGUCCAAUCUGCCCUGAUCUGCACUAAAACAUCGGGCCUCUCCCGAUCAAGCCUCGCCUGAGCGGGAGCUCCGUGUCUCUGCAAGCUGCUCUGGCUCAACUCCUUUGUUUAGAUCGCUUUAGAUUUAUGAUCUCUGCACCCGGAAUCAGAUUAUUUGCUGUAUUUGUUUAGAAUGGGAAACGCUGAAGACCCUGUACGAAAAAGGGAAACCUAAGGAUGCUGGAGCAGAACAAUGGAUUUCUCCUUCUCUUUCAUGCAAGGGAUCAUGGGAAACACAAUCCAGCAACCGCCUCAGCUCAUUGACUCAGCUAACAUCAGACAGGAGGACGUGUACGAUGCCAUCAGCGACCCCGGGGACGAGGGAGGCCCCUCCGCCUACGAUUCGCCCCUCGAUCCGGGGUUCUCCUAUCCUCCGGACGACCUAGGGGUUGUCACCAACGGUUACCAGGCAGGAAUCGGCGCCUACGAGCAGCAGGCCAAGUUCGCUCUGUACUCGCAGUUCCCUAAUGGCUCGGCUAACGGUUACGGCGCCAUCCGCAACUACCACCCCGAUCACGGGCUGAUCUUAGGGGAGGGGACGGUGCUGAGGUCGCCCGUCGUUCAGGAAAAACCCUCAUCUCACAUCUCUUCCCCGCCUCUUCCUCCUUCUCACUCGCAUCUUCAUCACCACUCCCAUACUCAUCCUCAGCAUCAGCCGCAGCAGCACCAGCCCAACCCUCAACUUUUACCUCAUCACCCUCCUCCUCCGCCGCCGCCUCCUCCUCCUCCACCUCCUCCAUCUUCCUCGUCUUCACAUCAUUUGCAGCCGGUUUAUCCCCCUCCUUCCCUCAUCCUACCUUCCUCUCCACCUCCCCUUCAUGCCUCCAUUCAGGACGUAGCCUCCGAGCCCGUCACCCAGAAGAAGACGAACUCCCCGGAAAUCAAAAUCAAGAUCAUAAAGACGUAUCAGAACGGACGCGAGCUGUUCGAGUCGUCGCUGUGCGGGGACCUGCUGCACGAGUUCCAGGAGUCGACCAGGAGGAACGAGCACAAGAAGGAGAAGAGAAAAAAGAAAAAUAGCCGACACGGUGCCUUCCCCGAACAGGAAGUGAAGCUCAGUGAAGGCCAGGCUGUGAUACAAGAGCAGCAACCUACCCUGGGUCUCAAAAGCCCUAAAACUGAACCCAAGGAGGUGCGGGUGGAUAAAAUCGUACCAUCUCUGUGUGUGGAGUAUGAGAUCGGGGAUCUUGUGUGGGCUAAAGUAGGGACGUACCCAUGGUGGCCCUGCAUGGUCUCCUCAGACCCCCAGCUAAAAGUUCACACGCGCAUUAACACCAGAGGUGCUUCUUGUGUACUAGGUCACCGGGAAUACCAUGUGCAGUUUUUCGGCAGUGUGGCCGAGCGGGCAUGGAUUCAUGAGAAGAGGAUCGUGGUGUAUAAAGGAGAGAGUCAGUUUGAGGAACUGCAGGCGGAAACUUUACGCAAAACCACCAAUCCCAAUGAGAGACAGAAGCUGCUGAAGCCUCGGACUCAGAGAGAGCGUGCUCAGUGGGAAGUGGGUGUCGGCCACGCCGAGGCAGCCCUCGUCAUGACUCGAGAGGAGCGCAACGAGAAUUACACCUUCAUUUACAUUGACAAACUGCCUGCUGACGAGCCCAGCGACGACCCCGUUACGCCAACGAGAAUUAAAAAACGGCGGACAAAACGCUCCAAGAGCUUAAAGAAGGACGAUCCUGCAACGCUCCCACGCCGUCAGCAGCCUCGACGCCAGUGCAGCGUUUCAGACACUCAGGAGGAAGAGGCGGAGCCUGAGGACACAACAGAAACGCAACCAUCGCCCCCUCCGGUCCGGACUCCUUGGAGAACGGCGGCUGCUCGGAAGCUGCUUCCGCUCUCCGUCACGAUGAAGAAGCUCAACGUGGAGAUCGUUAAAUGCGAUUGGCAGCUGCCCAAAGAGAAGGUGGAGAUAAAAAAGGAGGUGGAGAGAGACGAUGAGCGAGUUCAGUCUCCGGAGGGUUCAAGCGAUAAAGCGGAGGGAGAGACGUUCUCCAGUGAGGAGGAGAGAACAGCAUGGAGCGAACCAGAAAGUGCAGAACUCACACACACUCCUGUUACCGAACAUAGCUCAGAGUCGAUAGAAAGGAAGCUGCAGCGGCGGUGUGUGAGGAGUCGCUCCGAGUCGGAAAAGUGCGUCGAUCCGGUCCCGAAGAAAAAGGUCAAAAAAGAACAGGUGGAGGCGAUGCCUCAGAUGGACUUUAAGACGGGAUCGCAAAAAGGAGCCAGUGAGAUCUCAGAUUCUUGUAAACCACUGAAGAAACGCAGCAGAGCCUCGACGGAUGUUGAAGUUACAAGCUCUAUUUACAGAGACACGUCCGACUCCGAUUCCAGAGGCCUCAAUGACAUGCAGUGUGUGUUUGAGAAACGUUCAGACAGUCCCGGUGCGGUGGACGCUGACGGCUCGGACGCCCAGUCGGAAGAUUCGAACAUCUCUCGGCAGGGCAACUCCAAAAAGGAUAUGGUGUGUCAGGUUUGUGAGACAUUUGGAGAUUCCCUGCUUUGCUGUGAGGGCGAGUGUAACAGGUUUUUCCAUCCAGAGUGUCUGGCCUCAGCUGGGGGAACAGAAGGAGAAUACAUCUGCACCGAGUGCAAAACAGGUUCACACCCGUGUUUCUCCUGCAAACGCACAGAUGAAGAAGUGAAGCCGUGUUCGGUGAGCGGGUGUGGCCGCUUCUAUCACGAGUCCUGCGCAUGGAAAUACGCAGGUACUGCGGCCGAGCCACAAGGCAUGAGGUGCCCACAGCACUGCUGCGCUACCUGCUGGCUGGAAAAGGACUCGCAAAAGGCCCACAAAGGCCGAAUGAUGCGCUGUAUCCGCUGUCCUGUAGCCUAUCAUGCAGGCGAUCUGUGUAUAGCAGCCGGGAGCGUAGUAAUCACGCCUCACGUCAUCGUGUGCAGCAGUCACUCGGGCACAAGGAGAAACGGCCAUCUCGGCUCCUCCGUAAACGUAGGCUGGUGUUUCGUUUGCUCGCGAGGACGCUUAGUGCACGACCUCACUGACACCGUAUUAAGUUCUUAUACGUUUAAGUCUCACUACCUUCUGACUGAGUCAAAUCGUGCUGAGUUGAUGAAAUUACCUCUGAUUCCUUCUCCUUCGUCAGCUACCCAAAAGAAUCCGGCCAAAGGAGGAAGACUCCUGUGCUGCGAGGCAUGCCCCGCCUCCUUCCAUCCGUCCUGUUUAAAUAUGGAGAUGCCCGAGGGAGCCUGGCUGUGUAGUGAAUGCCGAGCGGGAAAGAAACCUCGAUACAAACAGAUUGUCUGGGUCAAGCUGGGAAACUACAGAUGGUGGCCCGCUGAGAUCUGUAACCCUCGGCUGGUUCCGUCCAACAUCCAGAACCUGAAACAUGACAUCGGGGAUUUCCCGGUCUUUUUCUUCGGGUCACACGAUUACUACUGGAUCCACCAGGGCCGGGUUUUCCCAUACCUGGAAAACGACAAGAACUUCGCAGAGGGACAAAUUGGGAUUAACAAGACGUUUAAAAAAGCACUGGAGGAGGCAGCGAGGAGGUUUCAGGAGCUGAAAUCUCAGCGAGAGACCAAAGAAGCUCUGGAACAGGAACGCAACUCACGACGGCCUCCGCCAUACAAACUCAUCAAGUGUAACAAGCCCAUAGGAAAGGUGCAGGUGUUUAUGGCCGACCUGUCGGAGAUCCCACGCUGCAACUGCAAGCCGACCGACGAGCGCCCGUGCUCUCAGGAGUCGGAGUGUGUGAACCGGGCGCUGCAGUACGAGUGUCACCCUCAGGUGUGUGCCGCCGCCGAGCGCUGCCUCAACCAGAGCUUCAACAAACGGCAGUAUCCAAAAAUGGAGGUGAUCAAGACGGAGACACGUGGGUGGGGCCUCAGAACCAAACAGGAUCUCAAAAAGGGAGAUUUUGUGAUCGAGUACGUAGGAGAACUGAUCGAUCUGGAGGAAUGUCGACAGCGAAUCAGCCACGCCAACAAGAACCAUGUGACCAACUUCUACAUGCUCACCCUCACCAAGGAUCGUGUGAUUGAUGCUGGGCCCAAAGGGAACUUGUCUCGCUUCAUAAAUCACAGCUGCAGCCCAAACUGCGAGACGCAGAAAUGGACGGUGAACGGUGACGUCCGCAUCGGCCUCUUCACUCUGUGUGACAUCGCUGCAGACACCGAACUUACAUUUAAUUAUAACCUGGAUUGUUUGGGGAACGGGAGGACGACGUGUCACUGCGGGGCUGACAACUGCAGCGGCUACUUAGGAGUCCGACCAAAGAGUGCUGUGGUGUUAGAAAAGGAGGAGAAAGUGAGGAACUCGAAGCUGAAGAUGCGGAAGAGGAAGCUGAAGGCGGAAAGCCGCAGUCAUGAUUAUUACUGCUACAGCUGCGGUGAGGGUGGAGAACUCGUCAUGUGUGACAGGAAGGACUGUCCCAGAGCCUAUCAUCUGCUUUGCCUCAACCUGACCACGCCUCCUUAUGGUCGCUGGGAAUGCCCUUGGCACGAAUGCAGUGUGUGUCAGCGUCCCGCUUCUGCGUUUUGCCACUUUUGCCCCACCUCUUUCUGCCCGGAUCAUGAGGCAGGCCAGCUGGUGCUUUCUGCCCAGGAUAACCAGCCCUGCUGUACCAAUCACGACCCAGAACAAGCACCCAGCCUCCCUACUACUGUGAGGGUGAAGGAGGAACAGGAAGCAGAGAGGGAGGAGGAGGAAGAGGAGGGGGAUGCAGAGAGAGAGGCCGAAGAGGAUGAGGAAGGAGAAAUGGCUGAGUGACUGAGCCAAAGCUCUUGUACUGAAAUACUUCAACACGGUGACUGGAAUUCAGAACGACGAGGGUCCUCCACACAGCUAGAGGGCGGUGUGCAUUUCAAAAUCAUCAUUACAUACAAGUCGGUUGUUGUCCAUUCCAGCAGAGGGCGAUCAUUUAUUGAGCCGAAAAGUCACGACUUCACGCUUUCCGAUUCCAGAAGUGUGGGAAUGAAUCACGCCCACUAAUCGUCACUUUACCGAUAUUUUUCUUUCUCAAGACUAGGUUCCCGUUCAUCCUCAGAGCGGAGCCGAGAUCUUUUACACACUCUCCAGUACCUACAACACCUUGAGAACUUCAUUCGAUGUACCUCAGUGUAAAUAGAAAAGGAUUCAUACGAGACACAUAGAUCAGAUUCUCUACACUAGAGUUUUCACUACACGUCUGAAUAUCGGCUAGUUGUGGGAAAAAAUACAAAAAAACAAAAAACAAUGACUGUGACUCCGGUUUUGGUUACGUGCUGCCUCUUCAUACCCGUGCGUUUGUGAUUUGUAAGAUAUAUAUCACGAAUAUAUUUAUGACUACGUUUACAUCUGCUCACGGUGUACAGUAUUGUUCAUUGGUAUUAUUAGUGAGUUUGAUAUCACUAUUCUUAACGUCAUUGUAUACGUGCCCCCCCCCCCAAACCCCCUUUUUUUUCUUUUCCCCCCAUCGCUCGCUCACUCUGUGUUACGUUCACUGUCGGGACUGGUUAAUUUCAUAGACAAGCACUUAAAUUUCAGCGUUUUAAUGAGAUGAUAAAACACCUGAACACUGCCAUCGUUUUGGUGCUGUGCCGAUAGGAGUAUCAGUCCAUGAGGAAAUUUUUUAAUGUCAUGUUGCCAAUGUCUUCGUGUUUUUUGUUUUUAUUUCACUUGUACACAAUAGUGACCACUUUUAAGGUAUUAUAAUCAAAGUGUACCUAGUCGAAUUAACAACCCAGGAUUCCGAUGAAAGCUUGCGUUGUUCGUUCGUAUUAGGAUGAUUUCUCGACGCGCCAAUGCAGUGCGCGCUCACCUUCUCUUUUUGCGACCAUUCCUAAUCCGGUUAGAAAUGCCAUUGAUCUCCAUGCUUUUUUUGCAGUUCAUGAAAACCAGCAAUGCCGUGGGUUUAUUUAACCGUUACAACAGUGCAUUUUAACUUCGCACUACUAUUCCAUGUGUCACUGUAUUUAACCCGGUAGUGUCGGACGUUCAGUGCAUCCUGGCUCAGUGUUGCAUGAUACAGAUGAAUACAUUAGACCUGGUCAGAACGAUAAAAGAUGGAUCAUUUGAACACUGCUGUGAUCCAGCGAAACACUUUUUUUUUUUUUUUUUUUUUUUUUUUUUUUGUCCACGAUCAGGAUAAUCCCAAUUCAGCACCCUCAACAAUUAACCCCCCCACAGAGCCGGACAAUUUGUGGCACUACUUGUCAAUAAAUCUAAUCCCGUAAUAUUCCGAACGUUCUUCAGAACCACGGAAGUCCGUCACUGCCAAAAAACGAGGCUUUUCAAAACACGUAGUAUCCAGCGGUGGUCCUGUCCUGUACACUUGAAAUCUGGAGCGCUGUUCAACGUCUCAUGCACUUUUUGGUUUCGUUUCGUGUCGUUCGAGUUACGACGCCGAGUCUGUUUACACUCAGACGGUUAAAAAAAAUAAAGUAAAAUAAAUAAAAAAUCCAGCACGUCACCGUUUUUGUCAUUUGUCACCGCAAGAUAUCUCCGAAUUAUUGUGAAAAAGAUUUCUAUUUCUUUCGAUUAUUACGGUUUUAUAAAUGCUGUACUGUAUUCAGAUCUAUUUACCUUUUAUUAGUCAACUUUUCCAUAGAAAUAAUCGGUAUGAAAUUUUUUCGACUUUCCAGCUAAUAGGUGAUGUGUGUUCCUGCACCUUCUCUUUAAUUAGCGCUCAGUGGAAAUGGACUGUGUUUACAAUCCUGUAAUACACACACACUUUUCUUCUCUAUUCUUUUCAUUUUCUCUGUUUUUUCCUCUCGUGUUUCACUUUCCUGCUUUUCCCUAUUUUUAACACACACACUAUAUAAUUACUUACUUUAUUUUCCCCACGGUUUUUUUUUCUUUCCUUUUAUAUACUAUUUUCCUACUUUUUUUUAAAAAAAAAAAAAUCAAUUUUAUAUUUUUUUAAACAUAUUUUUUCUAUACUGUUGUCUUUCAUUUACUCUCAAUUUUUUUAAGACCUUUUUUUGCCUUAAUUUUUUUUUUGUUUUCUUGUCUGUUUUCUUUUGCUAAUUUUUAUUCCAUACCCCCCCUUAUAUUUCUUAAUUUCCCUCCUUUCUUUCUUUCUUUCUUUCUUUCUUUCUUUGAUAAAUGUCUUUCGGUCAUGUUGUCCUUUUGUCUUUUCAUGUCAUCCUGUUCCCUUUAGUUCCCCCCCCUUUCCUUUAUGACGUUUCCGAACACCGUGUCCUUUAAGGAAGUGCACAUGCAGUUGCGACAGAUCUGCUGCCUCAAAAUAAUGACAAAUGCGUGACAUGCUGGAUUUUUGUUGUUGUUGUUGAGUGGAUUAAUGCCUAGCAGGCUUAGUGAUGAGGUACGACUUUUUGUUCAUCAUUAGCACUUUUCUCCAUGAGUGAGCAAUGCAGACUGCGCAGUGUUUGCUCUCGUCUUCGGUCUCAGAGAAACACAGAAGUUGUUGUUUUGGUAUCCUGACAUGAAAUAUCUUGACUUGUGUUAUGCCCUUAUUGGUAUUUCAAUUCUCACUAAUUUGAUACAAAUUAAAUGUUUCCGUUUUGUUUCGAUCAAAUGCCUUUAAGUAGACCUAGAAUUUGUAUAAGUAAUAAAUUUUGCUAAAUGAUUUCAAAGGCAUAGUGUUACCGAUUGGACGUUCAAGACGAGCCUUUGUUGCCAUAUCAGCCAUUUUGUAUUUACCUCCUUAAAGAGUGUUAGUGCACUGUACUCCACUGUUUUGUUUUUUUUGGGGUUUUUUUAUACGUGAUUUAAAGUGUCAUAAAUCAUCUUGUGCAUGUUUGUGCCUGUUCUUUAUGUUGUUCAAUUUUAUAUUUUCUUAAAAAUGAUGCCAUCUCACCAGCUCCAAGGGAAAUCAUUUGUGUCGAUGUGUUUAAGGACGUGUCACAUUCCUUUUCCUAGACUGUUUAAGGAAUCUUGCUACUGGACUUAUUUCUGUUGUGUGUAAAUCUUCAGUGUUAAUGUAAAACUCACCACGCGUGUCGAGUCGCAGUAUACACUCCAACUGAAUAAAAGUAUCGUAAAUGAUAUUAUCUGGGUAGAACGAGGCUUCUCUGAACUUUCCUAGAGGGCCGCGCUCCGGAGCUGGGGUGCGGCCACAGUGUUAUUUGUGUUCUGGGACGUCGAGCUCGUCCAACUGUACAUAGUAGGAAAGUACAAAAAAAAAAAAAAAGAACUCCACUAUCAUUAUAUCGUAGUGUCUAAAGAAUGCCUGUAAAAUUACUUCUGAAUGUUUGUGAACGUAUAGGCACAUUCUUUUUGUAACUUUUUCUUUUACUGUAUUUUUUAUUUGACCAACUUUUGAGAUGGUUCUUUUUUUCUUCAGAAUUGCUAUAAGUUAUUCAGAGAAACAACAUUCCACAGAUUUACUCACUCUCAGACUUGCCUGGUUUGACUUCAAUAAAAACUCUACUGAAUGUU